AUGCCGUUCAGAGCGUUCUUCGCCGCCUCUGCCUCGGAGCGGCUGUUGAAGCUGACGAAGCCCAUGGGCUGCCUGGAGGCGCCGUUCGAGGAGCGCGGUGGGGCGGUGCCCUGUGGGACGCCCUGGGGCCGCUGGUACCAGACGCUGGAGGAGGUUUUCAUCGAGGUGCGCGCCAAGGACGUGCGCUGCAGCCUGGGCAGCCGCGACAUCAUGCUGGCCACACAAGGGCGGGAGCUGCUGCAGAGUAAACUUUCUGACUCUACAGUAACUGAUGAAGGAACAUGGACAUUAGAAGACAGGCAGCUGAUACGAAUUGUUCUAACGAAGACAAAUAGAGAUGCUGGAAACUGUUGGACAUCUCUGUCAGAAAAUGAAUACGCUGCUGAUCCUUGGGUACAGGACCGGAUGCAGAGGAAGCUUACACUGGAGCGAUUCCAAAGAGAGAACCCUGGAUUUGACUUCAGUGGGGCAGAAGUUUCUGGAAACUACAGCAAAGGAGGACCAGACUUUUCUAGUCUUGAAAAAUAAACUUUUUAUCUGUGUUCUUUCAGAGGAAUUACAUGUUACA